GCUCCUUUCAGCUUCCUGUCUCUCUGCCACCCUUUUCCCCAAUCCUGAGGCCCAAGCGGCGGGACCUCCAACCUUUACCCUCAGCUCCCCAUAGAUGCGAGUCUUUCCAUUUCCCACUCCCUGAGUCCCUCUCCCGCAUCUAAAAGCCUUUACCAAUUGCUAGUAGAUGCGAGUCUCUCCUUCUGCCCAAAGUCUUGGCUUCCCCUUCGAACCCUCCUCCACCCACAGCAUCUCUCCACGCCUCCUCCCACCCGUUCCUCAGUAAUUCCCUUCGAUUUCUUCUUUUGAAUGGCUUUCGCCCGCACCCACCAUGAACCCAAUGGCCCCCUCCUGUCGAACCUUUCCUUACUCCUGUUAUCCUUCCCCCCCCCGGCCCAUCCCUAUACCCCGCAGGAUGCCUGCCAAGGCCUGGAGGACCUCGAAGACCACCAGGCCAGGUGCUCGUAUCUCCAUACCCACCCCCCAUGCUCGCCUCGGGGCUGCAUAGACUAUCUCCGCGUCUUCUACUGCAUUCUCGCGGAGUACCCUCUUCUGGGCUAUCUUCUCCUCUUCCUCUGGCUUCUGCUGCUGUUCUAUCUCCUGGGAAGCACCGCUUCCCGCUACUUCUGCUCCUCCCUGGAGAGCCUCUCCAGACUCCUGCGGCUGCCGCCCACCAUAGCAGGGGUCACUCUCCUACCGCUGGGCAAUGGCGCCGCCGACGUCUUCGCCAUCUUCGUCUCCUUCGCCGGGUCCGGCAUCAGCGAUGUUGGCCUCAGCAGCGUGCUCGGCAGCGCAUUCUUCGUCUCCAGCGUGGUGGUGGGAAUCAUCAGCAUCGGCGUUGCCUCGCGGGCCGUCGUCAUCGACCGGUCGAGCUUCGUAAGGGAUCUCUGCUUCUUGGCGGCCGCGCUUUGUUCCCUUCUCGCUUUUCUGAUCGCUGGGAGGAUUCGGGUAUGGUGCUCGAUAUGCUUCGUUUCUCUCUAUAUUGUCUACAUUGUUACAGUGUGGAUUGGGCUCUGCUGCGGCGAAAAUUCCGCAGAGCUGGCGAUGCCGCUUCUAGAUAGCAUCCAAGUCGUACAAGUUCCCAUCGACAACAACGCGAAAGAAACCAGCGAGCACGACCAAGUCGAUGAUGACAAGUCUUGCCGUUCCAAGCUCAAGCCAUCGGUUCCAUGCUGCAUUCAUGGGUUGAUUUAUCUCGUACAGAUGCCUCUCCAUCUUCCAAGGAGGUUGACGAUACCCGACGUUUCGGAGGAGAGGUGGUCGAAGCCGUUCGCAGUCUCUGCGGCCAUCUUCGCGCCGCUUCUCUUAGCUACUCUCUGGAAUUCUCAGAGAGAGGAGAUGGGCUCGGAUGAGUGGCUAACGGUCUAUCUUUCUGGCGGCCUGGUGGGGAUCGUUCUGGGGAUCAUUGCAGCGGAGACCACUGAGAAACACAGCCCUCCUAAAAGGUGUCUGUUCUCUUGGCUUGCAGGUGGUUUUUUGAUGAGUGUGAUCUGGGCUUACAUGAUAGCUAGAGAACUGGUUGCUCUGCUGGUUUCCAUUGGUUGCAUACUCGGGAUAAGGCCUCUGGUUCUGGGGCUCACUGUCCUGGCCUGGGGCAACUCGCUGGGGGACCUGAUGGCCAAUGUUGCGAUAGCUGCGAACGGUGGGAGCGAUGGAGUCCAGAUUGCCUUCUCCGGGUGCUAUGCGGGGCCUCUCUUCAACAUAGUGUUUGGCUUGGGUCUGUCCCUUGUGCUGGCAUCGUGGGCCUCACAUCCGUCUCCUUUUGUCAUCCCUCAGGACCCAUCUCUCUUUGAGACGAUGGGGUUUCUUGUAGGUGCCCUGCUCUGGGCCCUUGCGAUGCUGCCAAGGAGAGGGAUGAAGCUGGAUAGGGUGUUUGGCGCUGGGCUGCUGGCCAUCUACUUGUGCUUUCUGUGCUUGAGGCUUUCCGAGAGCCUUGGACUGUUGCAGCUUCGAAGCCUUCUCCUCCAUCUAUAGAUAUUGACGUUCCUCGAUGUUCAUGUGUUUUUUAGUACUCCUGUCUGGGGCCCGUGCUAUGUUGUCCUACGCUGCCACUUGUAAUUUGCUCGGUUGGGUCAUAGGUUUUUUCUCUGUAAAAUAAUAUUAUUCUCUCUAAAUGUAACUUUGUGAUUUACGGGGACUUGAUUUAGUACAUAGACCCACAAGGAAAAGGCUGCUUGUAUGAGGCUUUUCUGGGCUGUAAUUGGCACAUGUCUUGUCAUUCUUAGUCUCUUGGGUCUUGUAGUAUGGAUAUGAAAACAUGGAGAAGGAUUCAUGCCGGUCUUCGGAAAUCACAGUAUUGGUUUAGUUU